AUGACUUCUCCCUCAACGACCACCUCCUCGACACCGUCCCCGCCGCCAUCCAACACGGGUCCAGGAAAGACUCAUCGCUGCGCGUACUGCGCCAAGAGCUUCUCCACGAGCGGCCACCUCUCGCGGCACGUGCGAGUCCAUACGGGGGAGAUGAACUUCGUCUGCUCGUUUCCGGGCUGUACGACACGUUGUUCGCGGAAGGACAACUUGCGGCAACAUUACCGCCUCCAUUUCGACAUCCGGGACCCGGAAGAGCUGCGCCGGCAAGCCCCCCACAAGAAGCGCCGCAAAACGCGAGUCCAACGGGUAGCCACCGUCGAUACCCUCGUCCCGGGCGGGCUGCAAGUCAUGAGCGGUUUCGCCUCGUCGUCGUCAACGGCGAUGACAGGCUUUGGGUCAUCAUCGUCUUCUACAUCGCCAACCCCUCCUCCCCCAGUCCUCUCCCUCCACCCUCGCUCUCCACGCAGCAGCAGCCCAGGCAGCAGUCUGAGCUCGCUGUCCCCCGACUUGCAUCCUCCGCGCAGUUUGUCUGCUGACGAAAUGUCCUUGCCAGGCGGCCCUCACGGUCAAAAGCGAGAGGACGGGGCAGACGUGCUUCUGCGUCUCCACACCGAAGCCCGCGGGAUGCCAGCCUCAGCGGCGACGCGCUACGGUCGCCACAUCGGCGAGCCCCGCAUCAGCAACCUGGGGCUGGGCAUUGGCCUGGGCAAUGACCAGCCCUCUUCCCGGAACUACAUGUCGCCGCCUAGCACCGCCAGCGCGUCCACCCCCGGCUCUGCGAUGUACUUUUCCUCCCCCUCGACCUCUUCGGCGUCUUCGGCCUAUGCUGGGGCGAGUUUUACCGGCAUGGACUAUUAUCGCGGGGCGGCUAGCAGUAGCAAUGGCGGCUUCGACCUCGACAGUCGGCAGGACUGGUUCCCAGUUGACCGCCGCUGGGAAUCGUCUUCUCCCGCGCCAGCUUAUGGCCUCCCCAUCUCUGCACACGCGACACAGCUGCACCAUCCCCAUUCCCACCAGUCGCACUCCCAUUCCCACCAGACGCAGCCCCAGUCCGCCCCGCCCUAUCGCACACGCUCGGCGUCCAUCGCAAAUGGCAUGAUCUACCGCGGGCAACCGGGCCAUGCCCACCACGGCUCGCAUCAGGCGCAUGGGUAUUCGCAGUCUCAGCCGCAUGCCCACUCGCACUCAUCGUCCCCCACCGGGCCGGGGCCCCUGCUGCCGCAACUCCUCCCCCCCGCUCGACCCCAGCAGGCGCGGAAUGGGCACGGGAAGCUCGUCGUCCAUCGCGCAAGCCCUCGGCAACCAGCACCAACGCUUCUAAUACAUCAAUCUAAAACUCCAGCCCAUUUUCUUCGCUCACGACCUACACUUGUUCCAUUUCUGUCCUUCGUAUAUCCCUAA